AAGUCAAUUUUAAGUUGGAUAUGCAUGGACACAGCCGAGACGUUUGAAUGUAUACCAAUGGAGGCGACGAAGAUUACACCACGUAUUGUAGACGUCAUCAACAAACGAGUUAUUGGUAAAAUGAUUAUAUCGCUAUGUGGAAAUGAAGGCACCGAAGAUGAUGAAAAUAAUGCUGUACUUAGACGACUGCUUCUGCAUGCGAUUUCCGUUAUAGGGGUCGAAACAAAGAGAACGUUACAAAACGCAGAGUUCAAAGUUUUUGAUGAUAAAUGUAAUAUAUAUAUAGUUCUGUCAGGAAAAGGAGAAAACAAGUUCGAGUUCACUUACAACGAAAAACUUGAGCCUGAAGUCAUUAUUCACAGAAAGACAACGAUAUGGACACUAUUUUAUAGUUUAAGAAGAAGAAUAGUAGAUUUGAUCGGCUGGCUUGGCAGGAUCGAUUUCAGGUAUCAAGUAUCGAUGCUGGGAUUCAACUUCAUCACGCACCUGCUAAAUGCUCCCACUCGAUCAUGUUCUGCCGAAAAUUCGUGGUAUCGAAGGUCAAUGGUAGAAUACUUCGUCAUGCGCACCAGCAGAAUCAUCCCACUCGGACCAUAUUUUGCCGAAAAUCCGUCGACUCGAAGAGAACAUGAAAAAGACAGUCGUCGGGCAGUAACAAAGCAAUGGCCAAUUUCAACUGACAGGAACAAUUUACAAAAAAAUGCACUCGGCGUGUGUUGGUAUCUAGCCCGAAGGGAUGAUUCCACAUAAUUGCCAACAACAAUGCUAGAAAUAUUAGACUUUAAAUGGGCGGUUUGGAUCCAAAGAAUUACAUAAAGAACGAUUUGCUACACUACGUCAUAAUUAAACCAUUACGUAUUUCUUUUUUUCUCUAAACUUAUGAAAAGUAACAAAUGAUUAAACAGUGAUUGCAGAA